GGAUGGUAGAGGGCGGCCUCCUACUUUACCCUGAGGGGCCGCCUCCUUGUGGGGCCGCGGGGCUGAGCGCGGGAGGUGGGCUCAGGUCGGUUCUCAGCAAACAAGGUUUGGGGUACAAGAGCCCUCUUACAGCGAGGCCAGGCCAAGCGGCUGGACUAGGACGGUCCCAAGGCCCUUUGUCUGCUCUCCGCAGGGAAGGGGCGGGGCCGUGCCGGUUCCGCCCCGGAAGCGGAAGUGCGGGCGCCGCGGGGUCCUGUCCCUUGUGAGCUCGGCCCGUGCGGCAGCCGUUCCUCCCGCGGGUCACAUCGCGCUGUCUCUUCUGCCCAUAACUCCUCGCCGACCCCGCCAUGCUGUCUCUAGAUUUUUUGGAUGAUGUGCGGCGGAUGAACAAGCGGCAGCUCUAUUAUCAAGUCCUAAAUUUUGGAAUGAUUGUUUCCUCGGCACUGAUGAUCUGGAAGGGGUUAAUGGUCAUAACUGGAAGUGAAAGUCCAAUUGUAGUGGUGCUCAGUGGCAGCAUGGAACCUGCAUUUCAUAGAGGAGAUCUUCUCUUUCUAACAAAUCGAGUUGAAGAUCCCAUACGAGUGGGAGAAAUUGUUGUUUUUAGGAUAGAAGGAAGAGAGAUUCCUAUAGUUCACCGAGUCUUGAAGAUUCAUGAAAAGCAAAAUGGACAUAUCAAGUUUUUGACCAAAGGAGAUAACAAUGCGGUUGAUGACCGAGGCCUCUAUAAACAAGGACAACACUGGCUAGAGAAAAAGGAUGUUGUGGGGAGAGCAAGGGGAUUUGUUCCUUAUAUUGGGAUUGUGACGAUCCUCAUGAAUGACUAUCCUAAAUUUAAGUAUGGAGUACUCUUUUUGCUGGGUUUAUUUGUGCUGGUCCAUCGUGAGUAAGAAGUCUACCUUGCUGUUCCUGGAAGAUGCUGUACUUUUUGUUACUGAAUGUUUGGAGUAGAUAACGAUCUGUGGUUGGUGGAUGGCGAACACACAUGUUGGCGCUUCUUGGUAGCACUGGUUUGCAUUAGUUUAUGUUUCCACGCCAGAGUACGUGUGGGUGGGUGCAUGUGCACCACAGCGUGCACUCGAGGGGACUUUCAGUCACAGAAUUUCAUAUGUUGUCAUUGUCACACUUUCGCAUUUUUGUACAUCAGUGAAUUUUUUAUAUUAAAAGGUUGAGCCAAAGCCCCCAGUGUUUGUAUUUUGAAGCCAAGCUUCACUUCUAAAGUGCCUACAGAGUUCUGUAAAUGAAAAUGCAGCUCUGCACGAGUUUGGAACUGCCAUUCCUCCUUAUAAUGGGAAUGGCAUAUCCCGAGGUGGUCGUAGUCUUAACUUUUCAAAAUUUUAAAUAAAGGACUUUGCAUAUUGAACCCCUUA